AUGCCGCUUUUAAGCCUGAUUAUAAAGGUCGGCGGAUUGUUGGAGAACAUUAGCGUGACAUCCCAGUGUUAAGGCUAAAGACUCUCACCACACGUCUGCUCAUCUCUAUCCAUCACACAGCGAAGUUACUAUGCUCAUUUGAGACUGUUUUAGGAACUGACAGACCUCGGAUCAAACAGAGGAAUUUUCCCGAAAAGGAAUAAUACAGAGAGAAGAGAAACUCGACUGCAUCAUAGGGAUUCACAGCGAAGGAAAGUCCAAAUAAAGGAGCGGGAAAAGGACACUUGUCUCAUAUACAGCCAUUCUGUAGUAGCCAAAAGUUCAGUUCAACCCUGGAGUGGAAACCCAAGGCCUGAGCCAUGGAAGAUUAUUACCAGAUCCUGGGUGUGCCGAAAAAUGCAUCCCAUGACGAUAUAAAGAAAGCGUAUAGAAAACAAGCAUUAAAGUGGCAUCCAGACAAAAACCCAGGAAACAAAGAAGAUGCAGAGAUAAAGUUCAAAGAGAUCUCCGAGGCAUAUGAAGUCCUGUCAGAUGAAGAGAAACGUAGACAGUAUGAUAGAUAUGGUAAAGAAGGCUUAUCUGGUAGAGGAGGCCAUUAUGAUAAUGAUGAUUUCAUGGGUGGAUUCACAUUCCGUAAUCCAGAAGAUGUCUUCAGGGAAUUCUUUGGAGGCAGAGAUCCAUUUGCAGAUUUCUUUGCUGAUGACCCCUUUGAAAAUUUCUUUGGUGGUGGACGACGUCAUAGGGGUGUGAGCAGGAGCAGGACGGCUGGUUCAUUCUUUUCCGAUUUCUCUCCAUUUGGUUCUGUCUUUCCUGGGUUUGACCCAGGUUUCACCUCAUUUGGCCCGAUGGGUGGGGGUGGUUUUGCCUCAUUCUCCUCCCCUUCAUUUGGAGGUGGAGGAGGAAUGGGAAACUUCCGCUCUGUUUCCACAUCCACCAAAUUUGUCAACGGAAGGAGGAUUACAACGAAACGCAUUGUAGAGAAUGGUCAAGAGAGAGUGGAAGUAGAGGAAGACGGUCAGCUCCGAUCUCUCACAGUCAAUGGUAUUCCUGAUGACAAUGCAUUGGAGGAAUGCCGCAGACAGAAUGCCCUCUCUGGCACUGCAUCACACAACCGUUAUCUUAGAAAUGUGCCCCAAAACCCUGUGGAGGAGGAAGAAGAGAGAGGCCUACAGAAUCUGGGACUUGCCAAAGGUUUUUUUGACAGCAGGAGAAAGAAACUCAUGCUAAAGGAGGCAGACACCAAAAAGAAACGUGUGGCAAGAGUGGCUCCUCGGAUUGGGGUGUGAUUCUAAGAGUUCUGACAACAUGUGUCUUGUGUUAUCCUCACUGUUCACUUUCAAAACACUGAGAAGAUAUGAAGACUUGCCUGUUAAAUACCCUCACAAAGGCUACAGUUAUUCCUCUCUUGAAACUGUACACAUACAAAGUUUGUUUCUCAAAGUUCUGCUUUAACUUAUGUACAUUAUUUGAAGAUUGAGUUCUGUUAUUGACCUCUACAUUUGUUUUGGAAAAAGUGCCAUGGGAAUGCAUUAAAUCUGGAUGUCUUGACUAUACAACUCACAACUAGCAAUACCCAGCUACAUUUCACCAAUUCUUUAUUUAAGCAUCUAUUUACAUGGUUUUUUAUUACCCAAUAAUAUAUCAGAUUUGGUUACCUUCUUGCACUUAUCAUCUUGCAUAUCAAAUGAUCUUUCACUACCUAGAUGAAUAAUAAUAAUAAUAAUAAUAAUAAAAUGCAAUCACACUUC